AGUGGGUGUGGGACAAGUUCUCUUUUUUGAGGUCUCACAUUGAAACGGUGGAUGCCAGAAAUGUGGCCUCGUUUGCAGCAGCAGCACCAGCAAUUUCCAGUGGCACUGAAGUCACCCACUCCACCAGCCAAACCUCAGUAGUUGCCUCUACCUCCAGCAAGGCUCCAACACGACCACUCCCACCACCCUCCCAUACAUCCUCCCAGACAGGGUCAGUCGGCUCCAGACGGGGCAGUGAGGAUAGGGUAAACUCUGGAGAACUGAAAGACCUGCUGGUGGAAUUCAUGUCCAGAAGUACGGCUGCGUCUGGCAGCUCCUAUUUUGGGAAGUAUGUGGAGGAAACCCUGUCGAAGGUGCCUGGGGAGAUCAGGAGGGAUGCUGAGGCUAACAUUAUCCAGGUGCUGCACAGGGCUCAGCGGGCAGCUGAGCACAGCCAUAUGCAGCCACCACCACGCCAAGACCAGCAGUCCCAACAGUUCCAGCAGGAGGUCCCGCAGUUCCAGCAUUCCCUGUGGCAGCCUCACCCCUCUCAGUGGCCACCUCGCCCCGUUGGGCGUCAAACCACUGUCUGGGGUAGACAGGACCGCGGCUACAUCCAGCGACAGUUACCCACGUACCCGAUGACCAGCCCAUUACCACCAACCAGUGAAGCACAGCCAGGAGCCUCAGGGGUGACGGCCAGCACCACCACCACUGCGCUGCCCUCCUCUCUAGAUGACUGCUUCGUCAGCCUGCUGGGAGCUAGUACACCAGCUGCCGGCAGUUUCAACCUCUCCUCCCAGCUCAACACCCCUCGUCAACUUGCUGAUGAGGAUGAUGAUGACACAGACCUGGCCUAGACACAGGCAGACCCCACGAUGAAUAUUAGAGACUACUUGGGGACAUCAACGGUUUAUUACCAAACGUGCCUACACUGUUUUGAUCUGCACUUGGUGUGCAGAACUCUUUUCAUAGACUUCCAGUGUGCUUGUGUUACUAAAAAUUGAAAUGUAAUAGAGAUUUAAAAAUAAAAAUGCAUAUGAUACAUUAUAU